AUGAGUCAGAUAGCCCAACAACUAGCGGGUUCUCAACAACAGGGCGUUUUACCAAGUUCUACGGUUACUAAUCCAAGAGAAAAUAAUCAUGUGAAUCCGGUGACCACAAGGAAUGGUAAGUCGAAAGAAGUACCUGAGAAGAGUUCUGAAGAAGAAGACUUAUUGCUUGAAGUUGAUCUAGAGAUAAAAGAAAAUGAGGUUGCAAAUGAAGAGGUUAUUAGUGAUGAAAGAGUGGUCAAAGAUAAAGUUAUUGAUCCAAAACCGGCCAUCAAACUGCCUAUCCCAACAAGAAAUAAGAAGAAAGGGCAGCAUGAGAAAAACUUUGAGAAGUUCUUGGAGAUGUUUAAAAAGCUUGAGCUAAACAUUCCGUUCUUGGAGGCGCUUGAGCAAAUGCCUACCUACGCAAAGUUCAUGAAAGACAUCAUCUCGAAGAAGCGAACCAUAGAGACUAACCCUAUUAUUCUAACGGAAACUUAUAGUGCCAUUUUGCAGGGUAUGAAGGUUCCGGUGAAAAAGAAGGAUCGAGGUUCUGUGACUAUCCCGUGUACCAUUGGAGAUAGAUCCUUCAAGAAAGCUCUAAUUGAUUUGGGAGCGAGUAGACCUUAUGGGAUAGUAGAAGAUGUGCUAGUAAAGAUCGACAAGUUUGUGUUUCCGGUAGAUUUUGUCAUGUUGGAAAUGCCGGAAGAUGAAGAGAUACCAAUCAUUUUGGGGAGACCAUUUUUAGAGACUGAGAGAUGUUUGAUCGACAUAGAAGAAGGCACGAUGACUUUGAAAGUGUAUGAUGAAGAGUUAAAAAUUGAUGUGCGAAACACCAUGAAGUACAAGGAUGAGGUUGCCACUAGUUAA